UUAUGUAAUUGAUCAAAGGGGUGCACUUGCUCCAUACAAGGCAGAAAUACCCCUUGCUGGAACUCUUCAACUCCAUAGUGCUGCUGUGUUGAGGGGUACCAGAACAUGGUGGUCAGGGGGCCGUGGCCCCACCACUUUUACCGCCAUUAAGGUGAACGAUAGAUGGGGGUGGUGGUGAAGAGGAGCAACGGGGGGGGGCAUGGUUUGGGCACUGGUGACCCCCCACUUUUAGGAAGCUUUCACCACUCCCGAUAGGAGGAAAAUUACACCCAUACACACUGUAACUCUAGCUUCUGUACACUACUGACCUUUGAAAGAAUUAGUUAUCUGUUUCCCAUAGCUUACUGUCUCCAUUAAAAUGUAACCUUGAGUAACUGACUGCAGUGCUUUGCCCUCCAGUGUCCCCAAACCAAAUUUGUGAGUGACCUUAGAUUUCAUCUUUGCUGUGCAGCCAAUUCAUUAGUUAAUAGAUUGUGAAUCCUUCAGAACCGGGAUCAUCCCUACCUCUGCUUAGCAAAUGAGCCACUGGCUUUGGUCAGGGUUUGAGUGGUUCUGUAAACUUAGUAGCAGUAAAAUAGUUUUAAAUGGGGCACAACUGCUGUUUUGGGCAUGGCAAAUGAGCAAUACUAACCAUGAGGAAUAUCCUUUCUCCAGUAAAUCUUGUCAUCUAAUUUUACUCUAGAUUUGCAGAUUCAAAGGCUCUCAGGGCACCAUAUGCUUAGGUGGCCCAUGAAUGAAAAUCUCUCAGUUGCUGUAGUAUUUACAGACCCAGGAUCUCUUCUUCUUGGAUUCUGGAGCAGUAGGAGAGAUUAAGUUGGUAGAAACAGUGAAGUCUCUUCUGGUGGACCUUAUUCACUUAAAUCUUAAUGAUUUCUUCUUCAUCCAGUUUCUCUGAUGCUGGAGGCGGGUACCUUAUAUGUACUUUGGGAUGCUUCAGGAACUUUUAAGGAUUGUGGCUUCAAGUGUUUGAAUUUUUCCAUGCUCUGGACCACCAGACUGAUACUGAAAUCUACAGAAUAGCUAAUCAAAAAAGGACAAUUGAUUUCCUUAUCCUUCCCCCGCCAUGAAGAGGAGUACCUCCAGCUGACAGUGAACUGGCACCCAUGCCUUCUAAUCCUUGGUCAGAACUGCAAUGCCAAAUGCCGAUUAUUGAACAUGCUUUUGGGUGAGAAGCUGCUACCCACCACCAAAAUAAGCAGCGAGGAGAACUGUAAGAGACGGCGGAUCCGCUUCACACAUGGGACACAAACACGCAUUAGUCUGGCGCUGCCUGGGCAGUAUGAACUGGUGCAUAUGUUGGCAGCCCAUCAAGGGCAAUGGGACACAAUACCAGAGGAGGACUUGGAAAUCCAUGGGGACGAUGAGGAUCCAGCACACCAGAUAGCAGAGCUGGAGGUGACGCUGCCUUACUUGCUACUAAAGGAGGUGGACAUUGUGGUAGCCCCAUGUCGGGGAUUCCAGUCUGCUGAGGUCAUUUUGGGAGAGUACGUGAACCAUGUCUUGCCCGUCAUCACCUUUGCCAUUAGUGAGGCUAAACUGUCGGCAUCUGAUGAAAACGAACUGCGGGAAAUCCAAGAGAAAUUUUCUUUGCCUGUAUUCUUUUGCAAAGUGCCAGAGUCAGAGGCUGAACUGAUCUCUCCCAAAAAGGCUGAGAAUGAGAAGUCAUUCCUCUACUGUCAGCUGAUGGACCUAGACUAUCUGAGUACCAACCACUGCAGCUGUGGGGCCCCUAGUUCUGAUGCCAAAGCCCAGAGCAUGCUGGUAGAGCAAUUUGAGAAAUUCCGCCUUCUGAGCACUUUCUCCAGGCAGGUGCUGCAGAAGCACCUGGUGGAUGUAGCCACCAUCUUGAACAUGGUGCACUGCCGCUGCCUGGACAUCUUCAUCAACCAGGCUUUUGACAUGCAACGAGACUUGCAGAUCACCCCAAAACGGCUGGAGUACACGCGCAAGAAGGAGAAUGAGCUCUAUGAGUCUCUGAUGGGUAUUGCCAAUCGCAAGCAGGAGGAGAUGAAGGACAUGAUCAUAGAAACUCUCAACAACAUGAAAGAGGAGCUGCUGGAAGAUGCUGCUAACAUGGAAUUCAAAGACAUCAUAAUCCCUGAGAAUGGGGAGCCUGUGAGUUCCAAGGACAUUAAAUGUUGUAUUAAGCAAAUCCAGGAACUGAUCAUUUCUCGGUUAAACCAAGCAGUUGCCAACAAAUUGAUAAGCUCCGUAGAUUAUCUGCGUGAAAGCUUUGUGGGGACGCUGGAGAGAUGCCUGAAGAGUCUGGAGAAGUCUCAGGAUGUUUCAGUACAUGUCACGAGCAAUUAUCUCAAACAGAUACUAAAUGCAGCCUAUCACGUUGAAGUCACUUUUCACUCAGGCUCAUCAGUAACCAGAAUGCUGUGGGAACAGAUCAAACAGAUAAUUCAGCGGAUUACCUGGGUCAGCCCACCUGCUAUCACGAUGGAGUGGAAGCGGAAAGUAGCUCAGGAUGCCAUUGAGAGCCUCAGCGCCUCCAAGCUGGCGAAGAGCAUCUGCAGCCAAUUCCGGACCAGGCUAAACAGCUCUCAUGAGGCUUUUGCAGCCUCUCUGCGACAGCUAGAGGCUGGCCAUUCAGGCAGGCUGGAGAAAACGGAAGACCUUUGGCUGAAGGUGCGGAAAGAACAUGCCCCUCGGCUAGCCCGCCUCUCGCUGGAGAGCAGGUCUCUGCAGGAUGUGUUGUUACACGGUAAACCGAAGCUAGGCCGUGAGCUGGGCCGAGGGCAGUAUGGAGUGGUAUACUUGUGUGAUAGUUGGGGGGGCCAUUUCCCAUGUGCACUCAAAUCAGUCGUCCCUCCAGAUGAGAAGCACUGGAAUGACCUUGCACUUGAGUUUCACUAUAUGAGGUCUUUACCAAAGCAUGAGCGACUGGUAGAUCUCCAUGGCUCCGUUAUAGAUUACGGCUAUGGAGGAGGUUCCAGCAUUGCUGUCCUACUGAUAAUGGAAAGGUUGCACAGAGAUCUCUAUACAGGACUAAGGGCUGGGCUGAUACUGGAGACACGAUUGCAGAUUGCUCUGGAUGUAGUUGAAGGGAUCCGGUUUCUGCACAGUCAGGGGCUUGUUCAUCGGGACAUCAAACUUAAAAAUGUAUUGCUUGACAAAAAGAAUCGUGCCAAAAUCACGGACCUGGGAUUCUGCAAGCCUGAGGCCAUGAUGUCUGGCAGUAUUGUUGGGACACCCAUCCAUAUGGCUCCUGAGCUCUUUACAGGGAAAUAUGAUAACUCGGUGGAUGUUUAUGCAUUUGGUAUCCUGUUUUGGUACAUCUGUUCAGGACACGUGAAGUUACCAGAGGCCUUCGAGAGGUGUGCAAGCAAAGACCACCUUUGGAACAAUGUUAGAAGAGGAGUACGCCCAGAGCGCCUCUCUGCAUUUGAUGAGGAAUGCUGGCAGCUGAUGGAAGCUUGCUGGGAUGGAGACCCUUCCCAGCGUCCCCUCCUGGGCAUUGUCCAGCCCAUGCUGCAGAGGAUCAUGGACAGACUCUGCAAGUCAAGCUUUGAACAGUCAAACAAAGGGUUAGAUGAUUCUACUUGAAGGAAACAAGAAAGAACUGUUUUAUUAUGGGAGAACUCUGACCCCCUACUUGCAGGUAUCUUCUUUGAAGAAGUAGCUCUUGCUAGGUAACAGGAGUUGCACCGGAGCAAACAAAAGAUGUCUCGCCUCUGAGAGCAUUUUGGACAUUCCAACUUGGGUAGCAGCAAGAAAAAUCCACUCCAGUGCACAAGUUACUCUGGCCCCCAUUUUUAUUACAAUGAUAAGUGAAUAAAUAAAAAAUGGAGAAUCCAGGCCAUUUGGACUGCAAGGGAUCUCUGCUAAUCCUCUCCAGACUGACUGAAGGAAAAGCAUCCGGUGCUUUAGGUAGCAACUGAGUCACUAGGGAUUUAUUACUGCAGUUCUCAAACAGUGGUAAUGGUUGAAACAAAAUAUCUUCCAUCUGCUAUCAUCUGUGGUUGACUUUUAGUAUUUCCACCAGCUUUCCUUAUCCUCAGAAUUUGAGCUUGGAUGGUUUGGAGGACAAAUGACAGUAACUACCUGGGGUGAGGCCCUUAGGCUACAAGGACUUGGGGGGAAUAUGAGUGUCAUUGUGCAUUAGCUGCUUACAACACUCAGUAUGUUUACAUUGACAGGAUCAAAGCAUCCACACUUUACCUAAGGGGGAAUUUCUGCAUUCCACUGCAGCAGGAAUACCCCCAAAAUCAUAAGCUAUCUGACUUUUUUUUUUCCUUCCUCUUACUUACUCAUAACCUGAGAGACCACUUUUUGUAAACAAGUUAUUGCUUCAAAUAACUCUGCUUAAUAGUGGUUGUUGGGGUGUCUAACCUGGCCUUUCUUUUAGUCUUUUGGCAAGAUGGGGACUUCAAACAAAAAUGGUUCAGAGAAAUUGCACAUAGUAUUUAUAGAAACACAAAACAUCAUUAGCAACUAUUGACUGAUGUCCAAACGCACUGGAAAAUUACCAGUUUGUGUUUUUAACUAAAAUGCUUUCCUUGUUUUGAACUAAGUGUAAAGGCAAUGAUGGUUUUAAAUUCUGCUAUUGACAUUUUAAAUAAGAUUUCUUCAACUUUUUAAAGUCAUUUGCUGGGUGAAAAAGUACCCAAGGGAAAACAGGUCUGCCAUUCUUCAGUGAGGGGGUGAACGGGUGCAGGGGUUGCUGUGUCCACAUCUGAUCUCUUCACUUCCUUGGGCUUUGCAGUUUGGUUGUAUUAAAAAUUGGAGGUCAAUUGCAGGGGGUGUGUAGGGCAGGACAGUCCUGAUACCCCUUACAUGAAGGGCUCCUUCUGAAAACACACCCUUGCCACAGUGUUUCCUCUGCAUUUGGUUGGGCAAGGUUGAUACUUUUCGAAGUGCUUGGGGAUGGGGGAGGGUAGAAGGAGGGAAUCUGAAUGGAGAACACCUUUUGUAUGUGUGAGGAAACUGAUUACUUGGCAGUUUGUCCCUAGGUAUAACAACACCCCCAGUGCAGGAGAUGGGGCAGGCAGCGGCUUCAUUUUAACAGGAAAUCUAGCAUGCCAUGUGCAAAACCAUGCAGGGCUGUGAAAUUAUUACACCUUGCUGCUGGAAUUUACUGGGUGGUACAAAGCAAGAUUGCAAUCAGUCCCCUCUUGCCUGCUAAACAGCUUGAACAAAGGAGAGGGAUAAAUAACCCUGCAGUGUUACUCAACAGUCUAGUUUAACCCAUCUUCUGCAUGCAAUAAAACUGAAAUAAUGCUUUUUUAAAAAAAAGAUUGCUUUUUACUUAAUUACAGACGAUGGCAUAAAAACUGUCGUCAUAGUUCCGUAGACAGAUUGCAGCCUCUCCAGUAACUUGCAUGGAAAUGGGCAGCAUCUAUAAAUCACAUGCACAGAAAACCCAAUCUCUUUUCAAAGCAGGAUUAUUACUAGGAACUUCACUGCCUUGGGGUAUAUCUAUGCCACCAAUGACUUUAACAGUAUUAAUCAGUUUUAUAUCCGUUUACCUUGUCCAAUGGUGGCUAGUAACUACGUUGAGAACUAGAAGUGUCUAGGUCAGUAUUUUUGCAGCUAUAGACAUAGUUUGUGUAACUAAACAAAAAAAUAAAUGAAUAAAAUGUAAAUCUAUAUAUGCAAUUCCAGAAAUGUCUUGUAUAGCUUUCUCCUUUGUGGCACCUUCCUGACUUUUUUUUUUUUUUUAAUCCUGUGCCUUUUUAAUGCUGACUGUAAGUACUUUGAAAUCCCUCCCCCCUUUUUUUAAAAUAAUUCCCCUGGGAUUGUUUUAUGUAUCCACACACAGACCUGCACAAUUUUUCCCACAUUUAAUACACAGGCACUUUCCUACACACUUUUUUUCUGUUGGGCACUUGACCUGUUGCAAAGCAGAUUUCACAUCUUUGUUUUUGCUUCAAAAGUAAGAACUCUUCAAUAAAGCAAAGGAAAAACAAGAUGCAUAAACGAUCCCAUUAAAAGGCUCUACUAGCUAACCAAAGACAGUUGUAUGUGAGUUUAAUUCUAGCAGACUGAAAGACAGUAACAAACUUGGAUAUUUGUUAAUAUUGUGUAUUGACAGCUAGCCUUGUAUAGAAAUACAGAGCCUAUCAUAUGAAGCAGCCUUCAUGGCCUGUGGAUGAAUAGAUAGAUGGAUGUACCAAAAAAUACUUAAACACUAGACUGUAAAAUGUACCCUCACUGUUAGGCAUGUAGAAAGAGCUCAGUGUUAAACAGGAAUUCUGGUGGCUUCUAUUUGUAUGUGGACCCAAAUCAGUGGUGAGUGCCAGUAAAAUAGUGUCAUCAUUGUCUUAUUUUAAACAAGACACUCUACAAAAGACAGAAAUCCUUCAAAAGGCUCAGGCUGACUUAACGUGCAUUUCAAAAAUAUACAAACCAAUGGCACUCUUUGCCCCCCAAAUCCACUAUUCCUACCCAGCUUUCACUUCAAGCCCCUCUAAAGAUGCACAGGUGGGGUUUAGACCUAAAAGGAUUUGAAUGGAAGCUUUGUUUACUUUAGCUGCAUUGUGAGGUUUACUUUCUGCCACUAAUUUGGUGGCCGUACCAGGUGCUCCAGUAUAAUGCUUAUUCUUCGGUGAGUUGGAAGCAUGUAAAAAUAGGAUAAAAUUAGUUUACUGAGCAAAUGUAGUUGCAGGGUUAAGACUUAAACUUGAAAGCUGCUAGUAGCUUACUGGGCAGAGAUAAGAGCCACUCAUCCCUGGCUGAUUUACCAAGGUAGCAACUCUUCAGCUGUUGCUCUGUCCAGGAUAGAAGUGGCUCGAUGGUUUCAUACACUACAUAUUGUGGAAUGAGAUGGAAGAAAAUGCUUCCUAAAUGCAGUGGAAGACUGGAUCAUAGCGAUGCUGGAGGACUCCAGUCUCAGCGUUCUGAUGCUUUGCCACUGCUGUUACUCUAUAGCUGUCAAAUGUACUGUAUAUCUGGAUCUGUAGGACAUUUUCUUUAGCUGGGCAACUGCUGGUUGGUGGGUGGGGGAACCCAAACAUGUAUCUAAACCGACUUGAGAGAGUUGCUAAUUACAUUAAGCAAACUCUACAAUUUGCUCAUUCCUUUUUAACUAAAAAGCAAGCUGCUCCAGUUUAUGCUUUGCACAUUUUUUUGAAUGGUGAUGCUAGCCUCUUUUCCCCUCCACAGUUUCUUUGGAGGGGUAGAGGAUAUUUACAUUUCUGUUGGCUUACACAUGGUGACAAGUUGUGUAGAAUUUCAGAAUGGGAUUGAGUAAUCCCUUUGCAUCCCUUGCUGAAGGAAUAGCUGUUCCUUGCUGUUCUCCUUUCCUUUGUGUUCGUAUUGCAUUCUCUGGACUUGCUGGUCCUACUUGAAGAUCUAAAAAUGACUUGACUUCUUUUUUUUUUUAAAUACUUAAAUAUUACAAGGUUUUCCUCUCCGGGAGAAAACAGGAGCACAUCUGCAUUUAAAAACUCCCUCAGGGGCUUAAGUAGCACUAAUGUUAAAGGUUUUUAUUUUUACUUCAUGCCCUUUAUUUUGGGAGCCUGUUGAACUUUGGCUGACCUGAAGUUCAGUGGUGAAAACGGUUACAUUUUCGGGGUUAGGGGGAGAAGUUAAGAACUGUACAGCUCCAUUGUAAUGUCAUUACAUUUUGUAUUGCUUUUUUAUUUUAAACUUUAAAGGACUGAUGUAUAUUACAUUGUUAAAGGAAAAGGUAACGAACUUACCAAGUGUGUAGGAAAAAGUGCAAUAACCAGGAAAUUGACAUCAAGAACAAACUAAAUCUUUUCCCUUGUAUUAUAACUUUCUGCAAUACUAAUUUCCUUUCCUUACCAGGUCCAUAUGUGUAUUUUUAAGAGACGCGACUGUGGGUUAAGAAGGCUUCAUUUAGUGCCAUUAUCAACUUGUCUGUUUUAUAGAUAUUACAUAUAAAUUGUUAGAAUGCACAGAACACAUUGUGCUGUAUAAUAAAGGUCACAUUAACGUUUUA